AUGACUGUUCGUCUAUUUAACAUGCUCAAUUACCACUGGUAUCUAAAGCAGGAAAUCUUCUUGUCCGAUUCUGCUCGUCCAUGCCUUUUCUGGCUUCCGGACACCCUGCUCGGAUCUUGUACCAACAAGAUUCUUGGAACGCAUUGGUCGGGUGCCUCUGCUGUUCUUCUGAUUGCAGAUUGUGAUAGGAGGAAAGUUGGCCUCCGGCAGCAUUCUUUAGACUUGGAGACGGUGGAUAAACGACUGAAUAAAUCUGACUUCACUGUGGGUGAUUCGAAAGCCACUGCAGAGGCGCAUACUGAAGCCGGGAUACUCCGUAUCUGGGGCUUCAAAUCUGUCUUAGAUCGCCUUGGCCUUAUUUGGGAACAAAUUCCUCUCCCUAAGUAUUUAGAGGAGCACGGGAACACGAUAUCAUGUAGGAAGGCGAUCUGGCCAGCACUGGUAGCUGUUAUUGAUGGUGCCAAUCUCGGGCUCACCGAUUUCUCCUCGACUGUCUUGCCACCCCCACUGAGCUCUAUACAAAUUACCUUCCUAAAUGACAUUAACGAACUUACUACUGUUAUUCGCUCUGUCUGGUUGCCCGGUCCGCUUUUGCAGAAAGCGCAAUUAUUUACCGAGUCAGACCCUCUAACCUCCGAUGUCGAAACCACAAGCAUCACGGAAAGCAUCCAGCUUCCAAUGAUCGUACAGACUAUUUCUACUGUGUUUACCGGCUCCAUUAUUCCUGAUCAGAUAUCGCAGCUCAAAUAUCAACAGCGGCAACGCUUGUUCUGGUUUCAUUUAAGUGUUAACUGUCCUGUUGCUUUAGCUUCGACGGCGCCUCCACUUCUCGGCUUGGCUGGGAGUCUAGUGUGUGUGAAACAUCAAACAGGCUCUCUCAAUAUUUGGCCAAGCCGUGUCUGGCACGUUGAGUAA